UACAAUCAACAGUAUUGGGGCAUAUGUGAAACUUUAUGAAAGUAUAGGACACUUUCUCGCAUUGCUGAUUCUCUUUCCCUCUUUCUUGCCCCCGUCGAGACGAAGAAGAACCCGCUUUCUCUGGGUUUCGCGAUCGGAGAUGGAGAUCGAUUCCGUCGCAGCUGGUUCGUGUUCCAAGGAGAAUCAGCUGAUCUACAAGGAAUGGUUCGAGUUCGCCGAUUCAGACGGAGAUGGACGCAUUACUGGUAGCGAUGCGAUCAAGUUCUUCUCCAUGUCGAAUUUGCCUCGGCCCGAGUUGAAGCAGGUGUGGGCAAUUGCAGAUGCAAAGAGACAGGGGUAUCUUGGUUUCAAAGAUUUCAUUGUUGCUAUGCAGCUCGUUUCUUUGGCUCAAACUGGACAUGAGAUAUCGCAUGACGUUCUUCAUAGCGACGUUGACUUCAAGAAUAUGAAUCCUCCUGUUAUGGAAGGUCUGGGUGUAUUAAUGGCGAAGAAGAAGCAUUCAUCAUCAAAGUCGAAUGAUCUUAGUGUUAAUGGUAGUCCUUCUGCAGAUGCAUCACUUACAGCUCACUGGUUCUCUUCAAAAUCUUCUAAAAAGAUUUCUCUGUCCUCCGUAACAUCUAUAGUCGAUGGCCUGAAGAGGCUGUACAUUCAAAAGCUGAAGCCACUCGAAGUUGCUUAUCGGUUCAACGAUUUUGUAUCCCCUUUGUUGACGAACAGUGAUUUUGAUGCGAAACCCAUGGUAAUGCUUCUCGGUCAGUAUUCCACAGGAAAAACAACAUUCAUUAAGCAUUUGCUUAAAGCUAGUUAUCCAGGAGCUCAUAUUGGACCAGAACCAACUACUGACAGAUUUGUUGUUGUCAUGUCUGGACCUGAUGAAAGAAGCAUUCCAGGGAACACAGUAGCGGUUCAAGCAGAUAUGCCAUUCAGUGGUCUUACAACUUUUGGGACUGCCUUUCUGUCGAAGUUUGAAUGUUCUCAGAUGCCUCAUCCUCUGCUGGAGCACGUAGCAUUUGUCGACACUCCUGGAGUUUUAUCAGGGGAAAAGCAACGGACACAGCGAGCAUAUGACUUCACAGGUGUUACAUCAUGGUUCGCCUCUAAGUGUGAUCUCAUCCUCCUCCUGUUCGAUCCUCACAAGCUGGAUGUAAGCGAUGAGUUCAAGCGGGUUAUUUCAUCUUUACGAGGUCAUGAUGACAAGAUCCGCGUCGUUCUGAAUAAGGCUGACCAAGUAGACACUCAGCAGCUAAUGCGAGUAUAUGGAGCUCUCAUGUGGUCUCUUGGGAAAGUUCUCAAUACUCCUGAGGUUUCCCGUGUCUACAUUGGUUCGUUCAGUGAUAAACCCAUUAAUGAAGCUGCGACUGGUCCAAUUGGGAGAGAGUUGUUUGAAAAGGAGCAAGAUGACCUUCUCGCUGAUUUGAAAGACAUUCCAAAGAAAGCUUGUGAUCGUCGAAUAAACGAGUUUGUGAAAAGGGCAAGAGCUGCAAAGAUACAUGCGUGCAUCAUCAGUCAUUUGAAGAAGGAGAUGCCAGCCAUAAUGGGAAAAGCCAAAGCUCAACAGAAACUGAUAGAUAACUUGGAAGACGUCUUUGGAAAGGUACAAAGAGAGCAUCACUUACCAAAAGGAGUUUUCCCAAACGUGGAGCAGUUCAGGGAGGUGCUAAGUGGUUACAACAUCGACAAGUUUGAGAAGCUAAAGCCGAAAAUGUUGCAGACUGUUGAUGAUAUGUUGGGGUAUGACAUUCCAGAGCUCUUGAAAAAUUUCAGAAACCCCUAUGAUUAAUAUAUAUCACCCCUUCUUAGCUUAUGUGUUUACUGUUAUAAUCCUAUGUAUGCAUUCACCUUUGGCCUAAACCUUCCCUUGUGAGCACAAAUGCAUAUUGUGUAUUCUUGAAAAGACUUGUAAACAAUGAAGACGCAUAAAGAGUAUCGACUUGAUAAUGGUGUAUAUCAUUAUAUCACAAAAUAAAAGUAUUAUCGUUAUCAAAGC